CUCCCCUAUGCGCGUAAUGGCCAACGCUGACGACGGUCACCAUUCGAUUGGCCGUAGCGACUUUAAUUAAGUAGACGCUCGAUUGCAGCCGCUUGGGCUAAUCCGGCGGCGCACCGGGCUGCGGCGAGUGCAUGUGACAGGCGUCUCAUUACAGAUCCGGUCUGCAACAUGAGCGCCUUCCUGAAGCAGGCUCGAGUGUGUUGGAAGGAAGCCGCCGUCUACUCGGACAAGCCCGAAGGAAUUUGCGCGCACAAAGUGGACGCGAUGUUCCGUCGCUGCCUGGUGCGCGUCACCAAGCUGAGCAGCUGCGAAGAUGACGAGCGUGCUAAGCAGCGGAUCCGCGGAGAAGUGGACUCGCAGCGCGCCCACUGCGUGGGGGCCUCGGCGCAUCGCGCGGCGGCUGUGUGCCUCGUGGCGCCGAGCGCCGCCCAUUUGCUGUUCGCCGGAGCAACGCUGCUUGCGCUCUGCGGACUCUCAGCGAAUUGAUCGAGCAGACAGCUCGGGCUCCGCCGGGAAAUUAUCGUGCAUAACACUCGGCGUGGGUCUAGACACUGAUAACUGGCAAGGAAGCGCCGGCAUAAUGAUAAUCGCAGAGUGGUACGCUGUAUUUCGGAUGCAUCGCGCUCUCGUGUCAAAUAACAUCACUAUUCCAACACAUGUUAUCAUCAUGAACAAAAGACGCGAGCCCUCGCAUGCGGCGGCAAGCUAGUCAAUUAAGCGAGCUGAGCGCUAUGGAGCCCGUUCGUAUCGCCAGUUCCCACAGUUUUGCCAAAGGCGGCUGCCACCUAGGAGACCAUAGACUAGGUAUCUCUUGAUGUACAUUGACCUUCAAAGCAGGUGCCUCUUACUGAACAUUAUUUGUUUGGCAGUAGUCAAUAAAGUGCUAAAGCGCUAG